AUGUCUCGGCUUGUAAACCAGUCGUCUGUCGAUGAAAAUAUUGCAGUCUAUUUACAAAACGAGUUAUCAGAACUGACGGUUAAUGAUUAUGCUAUUGGUCGGGAGAUACAACAACAAUAUCAAAAUAAAUCGAUAUGUAACGAUGCUGCUAUUGCUUUGGAGAUUCAGAAAGAAGAAGAAGCUUGUGUACACUCUUGCUUACAUGACGAUGAAGGAUUGGCAAGAACGUUGCAAGACUUGGAGGCUAAUCUGCAGCCCUCUCUAAGCGAUGAUGAAAAACUUGCAAGAUAUUUGCAAGAACAUGAUGAAUUGGCAAAUAAUACGGAAGAUGAUAUCCAAGAAACACAUCACCAUCAGUACCACCCCAUGCAAGUGAAUCGUUCAUACAUACCUCAACGUGAUGCUCCAUCGUCUAGUAGAGCCAUUUUUCACUAUGACGAUGGUGAGAACUUCUCGGGUCGUUAUACGCAUACUCAUAGUCCUUCAAGCAUUUCCCACAAUCCUACUGAUGAUGAGAACAAUGAUCCCGAAAAUAUGACGUAUGAGGAAUUAACUGAGUUAGGAGACUCGGUUGGAGAUGUCGGUAAAGGAUUAUCGCAAGAGAGGAUCUCUAGAUUGCGGACUCAUAAGUAUGGUACUAAAACCAAAUCUUGGUACUGUUUGCAUAUGAAAAAGAAGUUUGUUGCCGAUGAUUCUCAGUGUUCGAUAUGUCUAAUGGAGUAUGCAAAAGGAGAUAAGAUUACAACUUUGCCAUGUAAACAUAUCUAUCAUAAAGAUUGCAUUUCACAAUGGCUGAAACAAAACAAGGUAUGCUGCAUUUGCAAGGCCGAGGUUUAUCCAUAAUACUAAAUCUCGUCGGACCAACGAUCUAUAAUGUUCGGUUUUGA